UUGAUAUAUCGGCAAGGAACAAAGAUAUUUAACUGAAUAUUUUAAUAUCAUACGUAAUUUAAAGAUAAUAAUUUAUCAAGAUUGCUUCAAGUGUUGAACAGUGAAAACAAUGUGAAUGAAAACAAAAAGACUAGUAUUAAUAAUGUGGAAUAUUGAAAGGAUUUUAUUAAUAACAUCAAUUUUAUAUUCUUCAGCAGUAGCUCAAUCGUACCGUAAUGACACACGAUGCUUCCAAUUUACGUGGCUUGGUCCCCGAUAUGACAAUCAAAGUGUCUUCAUGAACGCGACCUGUAAUGAUGCUACACGUCUUGCAGAUGGAAUACCGUGCCAUCAGCCUCUCGUUGUUUCAGAGGACGGCACCUGGCCAGAUAUUGAUUAUAUUUGGGCAAACCAUUUCAACGCAACCACUUGUGUGCUCACACAAAACGAUAUCUGUGCAAAAUAUACUUACUAUUUCAAUGGACAUCCGGAAAAUUCAACCUAUAUGUGCACUAGAGCCGUAGACAAUAAUAAUACAGCAAUCACUAGUGGCUGCUAUGAGCAGAUGUCUGGAAGUUAUCGAACAAGGACAACGUCAGCUAAAUUGUUUCGUUUAUAAUAAAUAAACAUGUAUUCUAUAUUAACAAGAGGAAAUGCAAUUCUUACGUAUACUCUAAGUGUUCUAGCAUGUUUAACUUUUUUAUGUUUUCUAUCCACACUGACGGUGGACUAUAGAACCGCUGCUCAAAUGAAUACAGUGAAAGUAGUUGUAAAAAAUGUUCCAGACUAUGGUGCCUCAAGGGAAAAGAAUGAUUUGGGUUAUUUAACAUUUGAUCUGAAAACAGAUCUUACCAGUCUUUUUAACUGGAAUGUUAAACAGUUGUUCUUAUAUCUAACUGCAGAGUACAUUACACCAUCUAAUGAAUUGAAUCAAGUUGUACUGUGGGAUAAAAUUAUUUUAAGGGGAGAAAAUGCUUUGCUAGAUUUUAAGAAUAUGAACAUAAAAUACUAUUUCUGGGAUGAUGGAAAUGGUUUAAAGGGUCACAACAAUGUCACAUUAACCUUGUCAUGGAAUAUUAUCCCAAAUGCAGGUCUGUUGCCGAACAUUCCAGCCAUUGGUCAGCACUCUUUCAAAUUCCCUGUAGAAUACACACAAACAAGAGUAUGAUUCAUAAUAAAAGAGUUUACAACUUUUUAGAUGAAUAAAUGUGUGUGUUUGAUAAAUUAUAUAUUCAAUCUAA